UAACGAUGUUGCACAACAACAUCAUAAGCACCAACUGAAUAUUCAGCCCAUCUUGCCUCUCACAGGAAACCCAUAUCCAAAUAACAGGGAGUUUGAAGUCCCCAGCAUCCCAACCAGCUGAGCAUGAUGGGAUUCUGAGAAGAACAAACAUCCUUGGACAAGCAGCACAUGCAACAGGCAUGGAUUUCGUUGGCACCUGGAAAGUUUAUUCUGAGGAAAAUCUUGAGGAGUUCUUGAAAGCAGUUGAGGCACCUGAAAUGAUUCUCAAAAUGCGAAAGGACUUCAAACCAACAGUAGUCAUCGAGCACAAUGGCGAUGAAUUCAUCUACACACUGAAGACUCCAGUUUUUAACAAAGUCCACUCAUUCAAACUUGGCAAAGAGACAGAGAUUAUUACAGUGGAUGGCAGAAAGUACAAGUGCACUGUCAGAGAGGAGAACGGCAAGCUGAUUGCUCAGACUGACAAGUUCGCCUCUGUCCGAGAGAUCCAAGGUGACGAAAUGGUUGAGACUAUCACCGCUGGCUCUGUAACCUUUAUCAGUAGAAGUAAACGAGUCUGAUCGACACCUGGCAUCUCAUGGAUCGCUCUCAGACCAUCUGGGCCUUAAGCAAGUG